AUGGCUUGUGCCUCUGCACCUCAAUCUCUCCUCCUCUGCCUCUUUCUCCUCUUCUUUGUUGCCUCCACAUCCCACCUCACAUUCUCCGCAGAUGCUGCGGGCGGGCCGACGGCGUCGAUGAAGCCGGCGUCGGCGGUGGCGCCGGGGCUCAAAUCGGUGCUGAUCGACGAGGCCAAGCGGCGCCGACUCAGCAGCUUCCAGAUAUGCGCUCUCUGCACCUGCUGCGGAGGCCCGCGGGGCAUCUGCCUUCCUUCUCCAUGCUGCUACGCCAUCAACUGCAACAUCCCCAACAGGCCCUUCGGUUUCUGCUCCUUCACCCCCAAGACAUGCAACUGCUUUGGGUGCCACCUCUGA